AUUUUUCUCAUUUUCUUCCAUCAUUGCAUUAACAGCCAUGCUUAUUCCGAGUAUUUUGGCAUAUUGUUAAUCCGAUAUCCAACUUCUGGUACACUAUAUCAACGCAUGUUGGAAAACUCGAUAAACAUAGUACAGUUGUUUUAAAAUUAUACCUACGGUCAUGGUGAUGGUGGCGAGAUUUGAGUCCCGCGUGAAACCCAUUGAUAUGUCUAUACCUAUGGCAACUAUGAGCAAUGGAAAUGGAUCAACGAUACAGAUCAAUACGCGACCGGAUGAUAUACAGAAUCGUAUCGUCGGUGCGGACGAGGAAAUGCAAGUAAACACUGAUACCUGCAAAAAUAUUCUUGUCGUAUUAUCUUGGAUCAUCGUGAUUCUUACUAUGCCAUUUUCCCUCUUCAUUUGCUUCAAGGUGGUGCAAGAAUACGAGAGAGCCGUGAUAUUUCGUCUAGGACGACUUCUGGCUGGUGGUGCUAAAGGACCCGGAAUCUUUUUCAUUCUGCCUUGUGUGGAUAAUUACGCACGUGUCGACCUACGUACACGAACGUACGAUGUACCACCUCAAGAAGUGUUGACGAAGGACAGCGUGACGGUAUCGGUUGACGCAGUAGUGUACUAUCGCGUGAACAAUGCGACGAUUUCGAUCACAAACGUUGAGAACGCUCAUCACAGCACUAAACUAUUGGCACAAACUACGCUUCGCAACAUGAUGGGAACCAGGCCGCUUCACGAGAUUCUCAGCGAACGCGAAACGAUCUCUGGGAACAUGCAGGUUUCCUUGGACGAAGCUACCGAUACGUGGGGAAUCAAAGUGGAACGAGUCGAAAUAAAAGAUGUGCGACUACCAGUGCAAUUACAAAGGGCCAUGGCUGCGGAAGCUGAAGCUGCUCGCGAAGCCCGUGCCAAGGUUAUCGCAGCAGAGGGUGAACAAAAGGCUAGUCGAGCAUUAAGGGAAGCUUCGGAGGUGAUCGGUGAUUCACCUGCCGCAUUGCAACUUCGUUACUUACAAACUUUAAACACUAUUUCAGCCGAGAAAAAUUCAACGAUCGUAUUCCCAUUGCCUAUCGAUAUGCUAACAUAUUUCAUGAAAGCAGCUGCCGGAAAGGACUCUUAAUAUCUCGAUACAAGCUAACAGUCUAUUAUCUCAUCAGAGUCAUCUACAAUCUUCUGUGCGUAAGGAAUGUGUGUAAUAUAUAAUUAACGCUAUAUAGCAUUGUGUACUGGAAAUCGACAUAACAAGGGGCAAGAAUACUUAAUUUUAUUGUUGGUACAAUGAAGAAAUAUUCGAUGAAAACGAGGUCAGCUCCGAAAGAAGUUACUCACCAUGUAUGGAUUACACCUAAUUGAUUCUCUAACCGACCGUGUACUUUUAUAGCGUACUUGACUCGAUCCUUUUUUCCAUCGAUUAUAGCAAAACGUUUUACAUCUCAUCACCACAUCACCGUAUCUGUCGACCAAUUUUAUAACACGUCAUACAAACAGUGGCUACAAAAAAUAUUGGCACACUAUUGUAUUUAUUAUAGCAUUUAUAUACUAAUUAAUCAAGUCCAAGUAUAUUAAAUUUCGUAUCGUUAGUAAGGGUAAUGGAAAUUAAUUUUACUCUUGUACUUAUUUAUUCAUGUAUGUUUCGUGCAUGUUCAUGCGUGUUCGCGUGUAGUAUAAUGUAAAGCAAUGUUUUAUAAGAAUUUUAUAAUCCAGGAGAAGAGGAACGAACCUCUUCGGAAUGUAAUCUUCGUUUUAUUGAACGAAAGUACAAAAAGAUUCACUUCGCACUCGUGAUAAUUAUGUAUGUGAACAUGUAACUUUUUUCUUCUACGACUCACAGUUUCAACAUAUGUUGUGAACGAUAUACAUGUAAGUAAUGUACAUAUGCUCAAUGUCCCUGUAUAUUUGUUAAUGAUACAAAGGACUGUUAAACAGAGUUUGAGAAUAAUUAAUUUAAAAGAUGUUUUAACUUUGACUUUAUCAAAUUUAGGAUACGAAUGUGUUUAUAUUCUUCUUAUCUUCUACUUUGAAAAAUACUGUCUAUCAUUAUAUUAAAAUAUUAAAGAUAUUAAAAUA